UAAGCUGGGUGAGGUCUGCGUACAUCCUACUCACUCCAGAACCACUUAUGGAAUUAUGCUGCAUAUAUUGUUUUUGUUGUCGCCUUGUUCAUUCUAUAAAUGUUUGAUGAAUUCAUCAAAAUUUUACUAGAACUAGUGCUAAGGCAGUGUCCUACUACUCUACUAGUAUUAGACUAAGUAGAUUAUAGUUUCGAGGACAAUGAUCGAUGAUGAUAUAAUAUUCAAGUAAAAAAGACAUUCCGAAGGUAUAUAGAAACAAGGGAAUGAAAAGCAACAGGCAUAGUUACUGCAGAAAGAGGAAAAGUUUCAGUCGAUGCUGCUGCUGCUGCUCCAAGGUGAAGCUCAAGUUUCUUCUUAAUACAAGUCAUUCAAGAAUGGUGUCUCAACACUCUCCUAAUUACAACUCAUUUACCACCCGCACUAUAUUCUCUGAUGUUGCUGGGGAUAUUACUGUUGCUGUAAACGGAGAGUCUUUCCUACUGCAUAAGUUUCCACUAGUGUCUUUGAGUGGAAAGAUCCGGAAGAUGGUGGCGGAUGCCAAAGACCCAAAUCUCUCAGAAUUGGAUUUGACCCAUGUACCAGGGGGACCUGAAACAUUUGAACUAGCUGCAAAUUUUUGUUAUGGCAUGAACUUUGAGAUCACAACUACAAAUGUAGCACGUUUGCGUUGUGUGGCAGAAUACUUGGAAAUGACAGAAGAUUAUCGAGAAGAGAACCUUAUUGCGAGAACAGAAACUUUCCUUGUUGAAGUUGUGUCUCCAAGUCUUGAAAAAUCGGUGGAGGUACUUUCUUCUUGUGAAUCCCUGCUUCCUACUGCAGAGGAGGUUGGUAUUCCAGACAGAUGCAUCGAUGCCAUUGCCAGGGACGCUUGUCAGGAGCAACUUGUUUCAGGUCUAUCUCGUUUAGAUUGUGAUAGUGGAUCUUUGGAACUCAAGGACAGGUGUCUUGAAUGGUGGGUCGAAGAUCUUUCUGUUCUAAGCAUUGAUUUUUACCGCAGAGUUAUCAUGGCAAUGGAACAUGUUGGAGUACACAUAGACAGCAUAAUUGCAUCCUUGAUGCAUUACGCCCAGGUGUCUCUAAAGGGUAUUGGGAAACCGCAAAUUUGGAAUCCAGCUAGAGCAUAUCCAUGUAAGGGAGAAAAGGGGCAGAAAACAAUAGUAGAAACUCUUGUUAGUCUAUUGCCACCAGAGAAAAGUUCAUCGGUUCCAUUGAAUUUUCUUUUUGGGAUAUUGAGGAUAGCUAUCAUGGUGGAUGCCGCGCUAGCCUGCAGACUUGAAAUUGAGAGGAGGAUUGCCUUCAGGUUGGAAAUGGUAUUACUUGAUGAUUUGCUUAUACCAUCUGUCCAGACAGGUGAUUCUUUGUUUGAUGUUGACACUGUCAAGCGAAUAUUGAUACAUUUCCUCCAAAGGAUUGACCAGGAAGAAAAUGAAGAUUGUGGAUAUGAAUCAGAAGGUAUUGAUUCUCCAAGCCACGGUGCUCUAUUGAAAGUUGGACAGCUCAUAGACACAUAUCUCGCUGAAAUAGCUCCUGAUCCAUAUUUGAGUCUCGACAAAUUCACUGCUAUGAUAUCAGUUUUGCCUGAUUAUGCUCGUGUAAUUGAUGACGGACUUUACAGAGCUAUUGAUAUUUAUUUGAAGGCCCAUCCGAUGCUAAGUGAGCAUGAAUGUAAAAAGCUAUGCAAAUUCAUAGAUUGCCAAAAGCUCUCUCAAGAAGCAUGCAAUCAUGCAGCACAGAACGACAGGCUCCCAGUUCAAAUGACUGUCCGAGUUCUCUACUUUGAGCAGCUCCGCCUAAAGAAUGCUCUAUCUGGAAGUUGUGGAGAUACUUUUGUAUCACAAAAGAUCAGCAGUGGUCUUACAAGUGCAGCCAUGUCUCCUAGAGAUACUUAUGCAUCUUUAAGGAGAGAGAACCGAGAACUGAAGCUGGAGAUAUCAAGAAUGAGAGUGAGGCUCAGUGACCUUGAGAAGGAACAAAUGUUCAUGAAACAAGGGAUGAUAGACAAAACAGGAAAUGGAAAAACAUUCUUAACUUCCCUUUCUAGAGGUAUAGGAAGGUUUGGUAUAUUUGGUGGUCCUUCUGUGGGAAAACAUCACAAGUCUGGUAGGAAAUCCAGGACAUCAGAAGUAAAAACUGGUAGGAGUAGGAGGUAUUCUGUUUCCUAGGAAAAGUUUGUUCGCGCAAUGUUAGAAAGAAUGUACAAUCUUUGUAAUUAAUGCAUUUAUUCAAGAGUCUCGGAGAGUGCUAAUUAUUGGUGAGUGCUCUUUUCUUUCUGUCCUAGCCAAUAUUUUAGAUAUCAUGUUGCACAUUGUUGAAUUUGUUUCUGGUCACAAGAAGAAUAAUGAUGUUUAAAGUAAAAAUUAUUUAUUCAAU